AACACGGAAACUAUUUUGUUUAUCAGUGGAGGUUACAUCCUGUUGGUUACAGUUCUUCUGUGUUUUCCAUCUGCUCUGGCGCCAUACCUUCGUAAAAACAGCCUUAGUUUCGUAUCAAUAACCAACAAACUUUACUACACAAGUCGCUUAGAGCGUUCAGGAAAGUUUGACCGUGAAACAUCCAUCUGAAAGUCCCGGAUUGUAUUCUGGCGGGUUUCAGUGUUAGCUUAUGCUGUUAGCCUGCUGCCCCGUGAACAGAGAUGACCACUGACAGACUUUUUCUUUCUGCGUAUUACGACUGUUAACUAAACCCAGAGCCCCUCCGUUUAUUAUGGCGAGUGAAAACACCGAGACUAACGCGGGGAACGAUGAGGAAACUGGUCCUCCUUCAGAGCCAAACGAGCACGACUAUGCCCACACAGCGGCCAGUAACUUUACUUCCACGGAGGCGUCCUCCUUCUCCGGAACACUGGUGACUGAUGCUGAAGUCACCGCACAAGAAAGCUUUACUGCACCGACUGAACCUGAGCAGAGCGCACCAGAGCAGCCCUCUUUGUCCGUAGAGCUUCCCGAACCUGCCGUGGGUGCGGAGGUGGACUGCCCAGGUGGAAGUUAUGUGGAUGCGUCCUCUCUUCUGCCGCAAACCGAAGAUGAUUCCCAAAGGACGGCAACCCCUGAACAUGCCGCUCCCGCUCCCGCUCCCCCCGGCACAUGGCGCGGUGGCCGCCGGCGUACGAUGCGACCAGAGGACAGAAACUGUUCCUGCUGCAAGUGUGAGUUCGAGAGACAGGGCCGCAGCUUCAACCGGAGGGCGGUGUACACCUUCACCACCCCGGAGACUGUGCAGUGGGCCUUCCCGGACGCCACAGUGCAUGAAAAGUCCUUUCUGUGCGAGACCUGUGCGCAGUUCAUCAGGAGCAAAUGCAAGCGCAAACAGAGCGGAAAGCGGUCUCUGUGGCUGAAACCGCCUGCCUUAAAACAGUCAGACUUGAGAGACAAAAAGAAGAAAGGUCGCAGGAUGGGGAAAAAGAGCAAAGCGGCGCUGCUGGUGAGCAAGUCCUGCUACAAGGCCGCUUUCAAAAUGCUCUGGUCGGCCAAAGGUGCCCGGAAGCCCAUGAUGGACUUCUGGAGCAAACAGCUGAAAGAGGAGAUGAAGGUGCUGACACGGCAGACGGACAGUCCCUUCCACCAGAAGGUGUCGAGCAGGAAACCGCUGUCGUCUUUCCCCUGGCGACGCUGUCUGAACUGGGCUCAGGAUAAAGCUCCACUCGUCACCACCUGCCUCACCUCCCUGUUCCCGGACAUCAACGCCCUCUCCAAGAGCAGUCACCAGCUGUCGGAGGAGCAGGCCCAGACGCUGCUGGAGCGCCGGGCUGUGGUGGCGCUCUCCAUCCCGCUCUUCACCAGGAACAUCUGGAAGAACAACUUCCUGCAGGCGGCUCUGGGUGCAGAGCUCCGCUUGCAGGGCUGCUCUGGCUCCGCCCUUGAUGCCCUCAACACCAUGGGACUGUGUCAGAACAAGGACACAGUCAGGCUACUGCUGCACAGACUCCGGAACAACAAGAAGGUUCCAACACAGAACGGACAACAGCGGAUGAAGUUAAAACGGGAGCAGAUGAAAGGAGAAUCAAUGACAGACGUGGAGGAGGAGGAGGAGGAGGAGGAGGAGGAAGAAGAAGAAGAAGUAGUAGAAGAAGAAGAAGAAGAGGAGGAGGAAGAGGAGGAGGAGGAAGAAGAAGAAGAGGAUGAAAUGGAAAUUGCAGUAGAGGAGGAAGAAGAGGAAGAAAUGCAGGACGGGACUCCGCCCAAGAACUGGACAGACCCCACCUCCAAUCACAGAGCAGGACUGAGGUAA